CUCCCUCGCCUUCCCCUCCCCGACUCUCCCCCCCUACCUCAGCCUCACCUUAUCUCCCUCGCCUGUGGCCACCAGCAGCCAGCUACUAUCAGUAUCACCACCACACCCCCCUGCUCCGGCCUCGCGUCCGGAACUCCACUCCUGCUUCAAAACCCCGAUUCCUGUUCGUGUCUCCUGUCCUCCCCGGCCGACCCCAGUAGCUAGCUUCGACAAUGAACAUCUUGAACCAGCCCAUCAGCCCCGGCGGCGCCCACGCGGCCUUCCCGGCCGCCGCCGCCGCCAAGGACGGCGGCAUGCCGGCGUCGCUCCGCUUCGACGUCGGCCCCAGCACCGCCCACCGCGCCCCGAGGCGGCAGACGCAGACGCUGCUUCGGGCCAGCAGCAGUAGCUACGUCGGCGCCGGGCACGCCGACGAGGCCGCCGUCAUCAAGAGCGCGGAGCAGCAGAAGGGGGCCGUGGUGCCGCCGUUCCAGCCGGUGACGCUCAACUUCCUGCGCUCGCUGCUGGACAGGGACAGCAUGACGUCCAUCGCCGAGGAGGGCGGCGAGGGCGCGGGCGCGGCCGCCGCCGCGCCCCCGCUGCACGCGCUGCGCGUGGUGGUGUCGUCCGCCGUGGCGCUCGACGCGCGCCAGACCGAGCUCAUCGCGCGCAAGAUGCGCCGGAUCACCGGCUUCGUCAACCUCGCCAUCGAGAACGUGGUGGAGCCGUCGCUCAUCGCCGGCUUCGUCGUCUGCUACGGCCUCGACGACUCGCACACCAUCGACCUCAGCGUCCGGGGCCGCCUCGCCGCGCUCAAGAACCGCGUCGACAGCUCCGACCACGACGACCGCCUGCACCCGCGGACGCCCGCGCCGCUCCAUUGAUCCGGCCCACCCCUCCAUCCAUCCAUCAAUUAUACCCAUAGUUCCACACACAACACAUACCGCGCGCACCACCGCCACUUCGCCGUGCUUGUCGCGAGCUCAUUCACGUCGUCCGCCAUAUCUCCAUGCCAUAUUGCCAUGCAUGAUGAACUGAACUCUAUAUACAGACCAAGAUGGAUCGACGCCGACGGCAACAGUUUUGCUAUGUUACGUUGUUGUAAAUUGUGAGGCACUUGACUAGCUUCUGCUAUUAUGUUUGUACCAAGUGUACUGUAAUACUACUAUGGUACUGUACAAGCUGCAGAUUGUAAUUUUAUGCGAGGUUCAGGGUUA